AUACAAAAUAAUCUAUUCAUUUCCAACCUAAUGAUUUAUGUUAACAUUAGAGGUUUCAUACACAUUUGUCUCACUUCUAGCUUGAUAAAGUUAACUCCUUACUUUGUCGGUCCCACAUGAACACGAAGGAUGAGAAUGUGCUGUUAUUGUUCUAUAUAAGGUUGCUUCUCCCCCCCCUUAUGACUCCAUAUUAGCAGAGCUCAAAUUAUUCUGCAAUUCUUAUUUCUUUUUCCCUUUUUUAUAUGAAAAGCCUAACAUUUUGACUUUCCAAAGAAGAGAGUCCAGUAACACCCUCAAUGGAUGCAAUUUUCGCUUACAUCAUUGUCAUUUUGCUUACCUUAUUUUCAUUCAUCUUCUUACCAAAACUAAACAGAAGAAAACCUCAGAACCAAACAACCGCAAAGCUCCCUCCAGGUUCAAUGGGAUGGCCGUACAUAGGAGAAACCCUCCAACUCUACUCCCAAGACCCAAAUGUCUACUUUUCCACCAAACACAAAAGGUUUGGUGAAAUAUUUAAGACCAACAUCCUGGGUUGUCCCUGUGUGAUGCUGAUCAGCCCUGAGGCUGCACGCUUUGUUCUAGUGACUCAAGCUCACUUGUUCAAACCAACUUACCCGAAAAGCAAAGAGCGUUUGAUUGGUCCUUUUGCUUUGUUUUUCCAUCAGGGAGACUACCACACUCGUCUGAGGAAGCUUGUUCAGAGGUCACUUUCUUUUGAAGCACUUCGCAACUUGGUGCCCCAUAUUGAAGCCUUAGUGUUAUCUGGCAUGAACUCUUGGGGUGAUGGCCAAAUCAUUAACAUGUUUAAGGAAAUGAAAAGGAUUUCUUUUGAAGUUGGAAUCCUCACAACUUUUGGCCAUCUAGAGCCACGUUCGAGGGAGGAGCUAAAGAAGAAUUACCGUAUUGUGGAUGCUGGUUACAAUUCCUUCCCAACUUGCAUUCCAGGAACACAGUACAAAAAAGCACUGCUGGCUAGAAAGAGACUCGGGAAGAUUAUAAGUGAGAUUAUCUGUGAGAGGAAGGAGAAGAAGUUGGUCGAAAGGGAUCUUUUGAGUUGUCUAUUGAAUUGGAAAGGUGAAGGAGGAGAAGUGUUAUCUGAUGACCAAAUUGCAGAUAACAUUAUUGGGGUGCUUUUUGCUGCUCAGGACACCACAGCUAGUGCCAUGACAUGGGUUGUAAAGUACCUGCAUGAUGAACCGAAACUUCUGGAGUCAGUAAAGGCAGAGCAGAAGGCUAUUCAAAAGUCUAAUGACGGUAAUCCACUUAGUUGGGAUCAGACUAGAAACAUGAGAAUUACUCACAAGGUUGUGUUAGAGAGUUUGAGAAUGGCAAGCAUUAUUUCAUUCCCUUUCAGAGAGGCAAUAGCUGAUGUGGAGUACAAGGGAUUCUUAAUACCAAAAGGGUGGAAAGCCAUGCCUCUAUUCAGAAAUAUUCACCACAAUCCUGAGUUUUUUCCAGAGCCUCAGAAAUUCAACCCUUCAAGGUUUGAGGUGGCACCAAAGCCCAAUACUUUCAUGCCAUUUGGUAGUGGAGUGCAUGCCUGCCCUGGCAAUGAGCUUGCCAAGCUGGAGACACUGAUUAUGAUCCAUCAUUUGGUCACCAAAUUUAGAACUGGGCGUCAUUGGGUGUAAAGUAUGUCUGUCAGAAAAGAGUAAUGCUGAAUUAUCUAAAACAACAUCGGUACGAUUUUAUAAAAACUAAAAGGUACGAUUUUAUAUAUACUAAUUAUUUUGUAUUUUAAUUAAUUCAGUUAUUAUGAAGAAUGAAACGAGAGUAAAAAAAGUACCGAUAUAACAGGUUUACAUGCAUCAAUAUAUUACAACAAUGGACAAGGUUUUAUACACAUCAAACACACUGUUAUUAAUUACAUGUUGCAAUAUUGAAGAACUAAAGAAAAGCGUGUGGUUUCUGUUUUUGGAAAUGAAUCAAGUGGUGAAUAAAGCAGAAGCAUAAGUGUUAAUUUGGACAUAUACCCCAAUAGGGUUGAAUAGUUGAAAAUGAAUUCUACCAAGAUUGAAAACAAAAGAAGAUGAGUAUGUUAUGCAUAAAAGCAUGUAUAAGUUGGAGAAAGUUAGAAAAGGUAGAUCUUUUAUGGAAAGGAUUGUGACCAUGGUAGUAUAAAUUUGAUAUGUGAUUACCGAAAGGGUUCGUGUUUGUAU